AUGCGGAUUCUCGUGACGGGAGCGGCUGGAUUUAUUGGCAGCCACACAACACUCGAAUUGGUGGAAGCUGGCUACGAUGUAAUGUGUAUAGAUAAUUUCUCUAAUUCCGUGUCCGAUGGCAAAGGAAACGCUGUUUCGUUACUGCGAGUGGCCGAAUUAGUUGGUAAGCCGAUACCAUUUGAGGAGUGCGAUGUCUGUGAUAUAGACCACCUAGAUGCUGUAUUCGCAAAGGGAAACUUCGAUGGCCUCAUUCAUCUAGCCGCUUUGAAGGCCGUUGGGGAAUCAGUUGCAAUGCCUUAUGAAUAUUAUUCUAACAACCUCGUCGCUAGUCUUAACCUUAUUAAGAUGUGUCAGAAGUAUAACGUUAAGAACUUUGUUUUCUCUUCGAGCGCCACUGUAUAUGGCAUUCCAAAGGAAUUGCCAGUCACAGAGAACAGUCCCACUGGCCAGGGAAUAACCAACCCUUAUGGGCAGACCAAAUACAUGAUGGAGCAAAUACUCAUUGACGUUGGAAAGGCACACCCCGAUUGGAACAUAAUUCUCUUGAGAUACUUCAACCCAGUAGGCGCUCACCCGAGCGGAAGAAUAGGUGAAGACCCAAGAGGCGUGCCAAAUAACCUUAUGCCCUUUGUUAGCCAGGUUGCCAUAGGCAAAUUGCCUGUCCUUAAGAUUUUCGGUGACAAAUGGGAUACACCUGAUGGGACAGGAGUACGAGAUUUUAUCCAUAUUGUAGACCUUGCUAGAGGGCACGUUAAAGCACUGGACAGAAUCAGAAAAGAAGGUCAUGUUGGAACGGAAAUCUAUAAUCUUGGAACAGGAACAGGAUAUUCAGUGAAAGAAAUGGUCGCAGCUUUCGAAAAAGCCAGUGGGCGUAAAGUUCCUACUGAGAUCGGUGAACCCCGUACCGGUGACAUAGCUUCUGUAUACUGUGAUCCUUCGUUGGCAUUGAAAAUGCUCGACUGGAAAGCAGAAUUCGGUUUGGAAGACAUGAGUCGUGAUCUUUGGCGCUGGCAGAGUAAUAAUCCAAAUGGUUUUGCACAAGCAUGA